GUCAGAGAAGGGCAACCGGAGACCAACAAUCAACAAAAUGGCACCAAAGAAGAGCACCAAGACGUCCGACAACAUCAACGCCAAGCUUGCCUUGACUAUCAAGUCCGGCAAGGUCACUCUUGGCUACAAGUCGACCCUCAAGACCCUCCGCUCCGGCAAGGCGAAGCUCGUCAUCAUCGCUGGCAACACACCUCCUCUCCGCAAGUCUGAGCUCGAGUACUACAGCAUGUUGGCCAAGACCGCUGUCCACCACUUCUCCGGCAACAACAUUGAGCUCGGCACUGCCUGCGGAAAGCUCUUCCGCUGCUCCACCAUGGCUAUCCUCGACGCCGGUGACUCGGACAUCCUUAGCUCGCAAGUCCAGUAAACGGGUCGACUGAUGGUCGUGGAGGAAUGGAGACAAUGUGGCAUAGCACAGGCGUUGGGAAGAUGCAGAGAUCUUCUUCGCGUUUCAAUUUGCUGCAUCAGAGAUGAUGCGGCAGGAAGUUGUGCCGAGCUUCCAGAAGGAAGACGGGAUAACUAUACAAUAGCUAGCCAAUAGGCCGUGCAAAUGCCAAUACUGUGCCAUAGC